AUGAUUGGUCUCGAUCGCACUCCUGGCGUCAUCCCUGCGCUGUCCGUCAACAACUUUCCUUGGCCAAUGGGCGAUGAAUCCACGCCCCUGACAUCUCCCUCUCCCGCUAUGGCCCGUCACUCUACCAAGCCCGACGCAUCCACCCCGCAACGGCAUUCUUCUCUCACGCCCGCCCCAGACAGCAGCUCGCCAAAUCAGAGACCAGAAACGACGAAAUCGCCAGAAAACUCCAACGAGGACGCGAGCAAUGCCGGCCUCGUUGAUGACGGUGGUGCGCCCUCGCCGUUGAGCGAACUCUCUCCGGCCCCGGAGGAAGACGACGAGGACGACGGGAACGAGCCAAAGGAGGAAAGUGGAGACUCGAAGAAGGACGAGGGCAAGGUGCCGGGCGCUUCUAAUACCCCACCCCGCGCGAACGGCAUCUCAAAAAAGCAUGCCGCGCCUAAUGCCGAGGCGUCUUCCUCCUCCUCGCCCUUGCGUGGCUCGUAUUCGCAUCAGGGACGCCAGGGCGCGCCUACAUUACCCUCUGACCCUCUCGGCCUCGGCCAUGCGACGAAACCCAACCGCAAGGUCGAUGUUUUGAUGCAGCUCAACGGGGAGUUAUUCAAAGCCUUGGAAGAAUUCCACAAUAAAUCGAUACCCAGGGACGACCGGCGCUUUUCAGAGUUCAGCGGCCGGUUGUCGAUGAAUCUGGCAUGGCUGGCUAAUGCAGCAGAUAGGCCGCAACAUCUCGUCGGCUUGAACAGUCUACCACUGCUCACAACGCCACAACCCGUCGAUUUCCUGCCCAUGAUGGAUCGCAUCCUGCAAUUGUACAAGGAGUUGGGCAACGUCUUUGCGAAAGAUAUGGCCCGCUUGCGAGAAAACAACCAGCAACAUCCUACCCAAGGCCCCGGCAUGAUGCCCGGGUCUUUGAAACGCGAGCGUCCCGACCAUGCCACGCCAGAGCCGAUGAACAAACGACGCGACACGGGCGAGCACAAGACACCCAUGCUCCCGCCGUCUACGCCUGCAUCGAUGGGCCGCGGCUUCCCUCCAGGCGUCGGCAACAUCGCUCCAAGUACACCACAAAUGGCCGCGAGUAGUCCGUCGAUCCCGUCGCAGGGUUUCCCGCCUAUGAACUCGACACAAGCGGAAAUGCAACGUCGCGCGGCGCAGCUCCAGAUGCGCAAUCAACAAGCCACCCCACAACGUCCCACGCAAUCGUCGCCGAAUCAAAUGCAGCCUCCGCCAGUACCAGGCCCAGGACCGAACAUGGGCCCCGGCCAGAUCAACUCCAACAAUCCGCAAGUCCAGGCGAUCGUGUCUCAGUUCGGACAGAGCGGUAUACGCGCGCUGCAGGCGUUGCAAAAUCCGGCGGGUGUGCCGGUCAUCCAGCAGAUCAUCAAGAACAUGCCGACCUUCCCGAGUUUGCCGCUUCAGCAGCAGGUCCAGACGCUUUUGCGAUACACGGGCGCCAUCGAUCGCGAGCGGCAACAUCAGCAACAGCAACUACAGCAGCAGGGCGGUGGUGGUGGCGGCGGCGGCGGCAUGCCCAUGCAAGGCGGCCAAGGCGGGAUGCCGCUCAAUCGCAUGGGCUCAGGUGGCAUUCCCGGUGGACCGAUGGGCGUACCAUCGCAGGGUGGAUCUGGCGGCAUCGCCGCACCUCCCGGCGGUUUCACCCAAGCUCAGCUCAUGCAAAUGCCACAACAACAACGCCAGAUGAUCAUGCUGCAGCAGCAGCGGAUGCGCGAGGCGGCGGGCGGUGGGCCUGGCGGUAUGCCAGGCGGUAUCAAUCCCGCCGCGUUUGGUGGCGCCGGUGGUGGACCGGGCGGUAUGCAGGGUGGCAUAAACCCUGCUGUAUUCGGAGGGCAGGGCGGUCAGGGCGGCGUGAACCCUACGAUACUGCAGCAACAGCGGAUGAUGCAGCAGCAGGCCCAGCAGCAACAGCAGGGCGGCGCGAUGAGCAGUCCUAUGCACGCAGGCUCUCCGGGCAACGAGUUCCCUGGUAUGCAGCGCAGCACGCACUCGCCGUCUGAGAACGCGCCGUCGCCUAUGACACCGCGCGGCGGACCUGGCGGGGCGGGAGGGAACGACUUCCAGCGGAUGAUGGCGAUGCAGGCUGCUCAGGCUAAUGCGCCGUCACCUGCGCCCUCGAACAGCGGCGGAGGCGGGUUCAUCAACCCCCAGCAGAUGAUGGCUGGCGGCGGUCAGGGCUCUGGCUGGGCACCGCAGAGUAGCGGUAGUGCCGGGCCUUACGGCGGGACACCGCCCGGAAGCGCUCAUGGACGACCGCAGCAGCAGUUCCCUCCAUCUGCACCAUCUCCAGGCGCAGGAGGUUGGCCUGGCUCUGCGGGCGGAAGCGCAGGAGGCGGAAACGGUGGUUCAGCCGGCGGCUACCCAUACGCGCCCUCACCCGUACACCAAAUGGGCGGGCCGCAGCAACACCAGCAGCGUCCGCCGUCGCGCACUGCUAGCGCGGCCGGUGGCGGGUUUCCGGGUAUGGACCCCAGCAGCUCGCCUGGUCUGGGCGGCAUGGACCCCGGUCUGGGCGAUUUCUCAGAGUUUUUCAAUACGCAAAGCUGGUCGUGA